CGUCGCGUCGGGCUCCGCCAUGGAGGCGGACGGGGCCGGGGAGCAGAUGCGGCCGCUGCUCACGCGGGGUCCUGAUGAAGAAGCUGUGGUGGAUCUUGGCAAAACCAGUUCAACUGUGAACACCAAAUUUGAAAAAGAAGAACUAGAAAGUCAUCGAGCUGUGUAUGUUGGUGUUCACGUCCCAUUUAGUAAAGAGAGUCGCCGACGUCAUAAACAUCGUGGACACAAACAUCAUCAUCGGAAAAAAAAAGAUAAAGAAUCAGAUAAAGAAGAUGGACGAGAAUCUCCUUCUUAUGAUACACCAUCCCAAAGAGUUCAGUUCAUCCUUGGUACUGAAGAUGACGAUGAAGAACAUAUCCCUCAUGAUCUCUUUACGGAAAUGGAUGAACUAUGUUACAGAGAUGGAGAAGAGUAUGAAUGGAAAGAAACUGCCAGAUGGCUAAAAUUUGAAGAAGACGUCGAAGAUGGUGGUGACCGAUGGAGUAAACCUUAUGUGGCAACUCUUUCUCUGCACAGUCUUUUUGAACUAAGAAGCUGUAUACUGAAUGGAACAGUCAUGUUGGAUAUGAGAGCAAGCACACUUGACGAAAUAGCAGAUAUGGUAUUAGAUAAUAUGAUUGCCUCAGGCCAACUGGAUGAUUCCAUAAGGGAGAAUGUCCGUGAAGCUCUUCUGAAGAGACAUCAUCACCAAAAUGAGAAACGAUUCGUCAGUCGGAUUCCCCUUGUUCGAUCUUUUGCAGAUAUAGGCAAGAAACAUUCUGACCCUCACUUGCUUGAAAGGAAUGGGGAAGGCCUUUCAGCCUCCCGCCACUCUUUGCGAACAGGUCUGUCUGCCUCAAACCUUUCAUUGAAAGGAGAAUCGCCUUUAUCUCUUCUUCUCAGUCAUCUUCUUCCUUCUUCAAGAGCUGGAACCUCUGCAGGCUCGAGCUUCACAACCCCAGUACCCACCCCUCAAAACAGUCCUCCUUCCAGUCCUAGCAUCAUUCGCCUGACCUCCAGAACUUCUCAGCAGAGUCAGCUUCAGGCCCCAGAACUAUUGAUUACACCUGCCAGUGAUGAUAUUCCCACAGUAGUAAUUCAUCCGCCUGAGGAAGACUUAGAAGCACUGAAAGGCCAGGAGCAGAAGAAUGAGGAAAAUGUUGACAUAACACCAGGUAUUUUGGCCUCUCCACAAUCUGCACCUGGAAAUCUGGACAACAGUAAAGGUGGAGAAAUGAAAGGUAAUGGAGGUGGAGGAAGCAGAGAAAAUAGUACUGUUGACUUCAGCAAGGUUGAUAUGAAUUUUAUGAGAAAGAUUCCUUCGGGGGCUGAGGCAUCUAAUGUUCUGGUGGGUGAAGUAGACUUUUUGGAAAGACCCAUCAUUGCAUUUGUGAGAUUAGCUCCUGCUGUUCUCCUCUCAGGAUUGACUGAAGUUCCUGUACCUACCAGGUUUUUGUUUCUAUUAUUGGGACCAGCAGGCAAAGCUCCACAGUACCAUGAAAUUGGAAGAUCAAUAGCCACUCUCAUGACAGAUGAGAUUUUUCAUGAUGUAGCUUAUAAAGCAAAAGACAGAAAUGACCUUUUAUCUGGAAUAGAUGAAUUUUUAGAUCAAGUAACUGUCCUACCUCCAGGAGAGUGGGAUCCUUCUAUACGUAUUGAGCCACCCAAAAGUGUUCCUUCUCAGGAAAAGAGAAAGAUUCCUGUAUUUCCCAAUGGAUCUGCCCCCAGCUCUGGUGAGAUUCCUAAAGAGGCAGCUCAUCAUGCGGGGCCCGAGCUUCAAAGAACCGGACGGCUUUUUGGUGGUUUGAUACUUGACAUCAAAAGGAAAGCACCUUUUUUCUUGAGUGACUUCAAGGAUGCAUUAAGUCUGCAGUGCCUGGCCUCGAUUCUUUUCCUAUACUGUGCCUGUAUGUCUCCUGUAAUCACUUUUGGAGGGCUGCUUGGAGAAGCUACAGAAGGCAGAAUAAGUGCAAUAGAAUCUCUUUUUGGAGCAUCAAUAACUGGGAUUGCCUAUUCAUUGUUUGCUGGGCAACCUCUGACCAUAUUGGGAAGCACAGGUCCAGUUUUAGUAUUUGAAAAAAUUUUAUUUAAAUUCUGCAGAGAUUAUCACCUUUCCUAUCUAUCUUUAAGAACCAGUAUUGGUCUAUGGACUGCUUUCCUGUGCAUUGUUUUGGUUGCAACAGAUGCAAGCAGCCUUGUAUGCUAUAUUACUAGAUUUACAGAAGAGGCUUUUGCGGCUCUCAUUUGUAUCAUUUUUAUUUAUGAGGCUUUGGAGAAGCUCUUUCACUUAGGAAAAACAUAUGCAUUUAAUAUGCACAAUAAUUUAGAUAAAUUGACAAGCUACUCGUGUGUAUGUGUUGAACCUCUUUACCCUAGUAAUGAGACUCUAAUGGUGUGGAAGGAAAAGAAUAUAACAGCAAAUGAUGUUUCUUGGGAAAAUCUCACUGUUUCUGAAUGUAAAGCCUUCCAUGGUGAAUUUGUAGGAUCAGCUUGUAGUCUUCAUGGUCCUUAUAUUCCGGAUGUGCUCUUCUGGUGUGUCAUCUUAUUUUUCACAACAUUUUUCCUGUCUUCAUUUCUCAAGCAAUUUAAGACUAAGCGCUAUUUUCCUACUAAGGUGCGAUCUACAAUCAGUGACUUUGCCGUGUUUCUCACAAUAGUAAUAAUGGUUGCAGUUGACUACCUUGUAGGAGUUCCAUCUCCUAAACUUCAUGUUCCUGAGAAAUUUCAGCCUACUGAUCCAAAUAGGGGCUGGAUCAUAAGCCCAUUAGGAGAAAAUCCUUGGUGGACUUUAUUAAUAGCUGCUAUUCCAGCUCUACUUUGUACCAUUCUCAUCUUUAUGGAUCAACAAAUUACAGCUGUAAUCAUAAACAGAAAGGAGCACAAGUUGAAGAAAGGAGCUGGUUAUCACCUUGAUUUGUUCAUGGUUGGUGUUAUGUUGGGAGUUUGCUCUGUCAUGGGACUUCCAUGGUUUGUGGCUGCAACAGUGUUGUCUAUAAGUCAUGUCAACAGCUUGAAAGUUGAAUCUGAAUGUUCUGCUCCGGGGGAACAACCCAAAUUUUUGGGAAUUCGUGAACAACGGGUUACAGGGCUAGUGAUAUUUAUUCUCAUGGGCCUGUCUGUGUUCAUGACUUCAGCACUAAAGUUUAUUCCAAUGCCUGUUCUGUAUGGUGUUUUCCUUUACAUGGGAGUUUCCUCGCUGAAAGGAAUUCAGUUCUUUGACCGUAUAAAAUUAUUUGGAAUGCCUGCUAAGCAUCAGCCUGACUUGAUAUAUCUUCGUUAUGUGCCUCUCUGGAAGGUGCAUAUUUUCACAGUCAUUCAGCUCACUUGCCUGGUUCUCUUAUGGGUAAUUAAAGCCUCAGCUGCUGCAGUAGUCUUUCCCAUGAUGGUUCUUGCAUUAGUGUUUAUACGCAAACUCAUGGACCUGUGUUUCACAAAGAGAGAACUUAGUUGGCUUGAUGAUCUAAUGCCGGAAAGUAAGAAGAAAAAAGAAGAUGACAAAAAAAAAGAAAAAGAGGAGGCUGAACGAAUGCUUCAAGCUGGUGAUGAUACUGUGCACCUUCCAUUUGAAGGAGGAAGUCUGUUGCAAAUCCCAGUUAAAGCCCUUAAAUAUAGUGAUGAUCCAUCAGUUGUUAACAUAUCAGAUGAAAUGGCCAAAACUGCACAGUGGAAGGCGCUUUCCAUGAAUACUGAGAAUGCCAAAAUAACCAGAGCUAACAUGAGCCCUGAAAAAGCUGAGAGUGUGAAAAUUGAUAUUGAAGAUGAAUCAACAAAGAAAUACAUGGAUGCUGAAACCUCGUUAUAGAAUUAAACCAAGAGGAAUUAUAUAAAGAUAUACAGACAUAUAUGUAUAUGUAUACAUAUAUAUAAUGUGUAUGUUUCAUAUCACUGUAUAUAACAAUAUUUUAUGUCAUACUGUUUAUGUGUGACUACUGGAUUUUUUUAAAUAGUGUGCGAAGUUUAUUUGGGAGCACCAUGAAGACUGUAUACUAUGAAAUGGUCUCUUAGAAGAGGUACAUGAUUCCUACUACUUAGAGAUGUAUUCUGUUGGAAAUUAUUUUUUCUUCUUUUUGUAAUAGAUGUGGAAAUGCAUUCAUUCUAUUUUCUUUUAAAUAUAUUUGUUAAUUAGUAGCAAUUAAAUAAUAUGCUUUGUCCAGGUGUUUAUA